CCAAGUAUUCAUGACAUCGGGAGUGUACCAAGAGAAACGUAUCCGUCGCACUCCCGAAGGAUCCUCUACCCGUCAUCGUGCUCGCGCGUCAAAAAUCUCAUCCGCACUUCUAACGUCGAGAUAUUGGCACCUUAGCGAGCGAAGGUAGCGAGGUAGCGCGAUCGAGCGAAUCAGGAGUUAACGCGAGUGACAGGUGGUUUGACGUUUGCUCGUCGUCAUCGUCGUCAGCGACAGCGCGCGGCCUGCCAUAUUGCGCGUGAUAUCCGUGAUAUCGGGGGGGCGAAACGUCGUUUACAUACAUACGUGAUACUCGAUGACAGAGUGAAUCGCCUACGAAGGAGCAACGUUCGCGUAGUGUUUACACAACGCCGUACUCUUUGCGAGCCGUCUCUCCCAACCUUACAGCGGCCAAUAAAAGUACCCAUCCAAGCGGCGCCGAUACACGAACGUGUGCAAAAUGUCGACCGGUCCAUAUAAUUAUUCCUACAUCUUUAAAUAUAUCAUUAUAGGAGAUAUGGGAGUAGGCAAAUCGUGUCUGCUUCAUCAGUUUACAGAAAAAAAAUUUAUGGCAGAUUGUCCACAUACUAUCGGGGUCGAAUUUGGGACUAGGAUUAUUGAAGUAGCAGGACAGAAGAUAAAACUGCAGAUAUGGGACACUGCUGGGCAAGAACGAUUUAGAGCAGUUACUAGAUCGUAUUAUCGGGGUGCAGCUGGAGCUUUAAUGGUGUAUGAUAUUACACGCCGUUCAACCUACAAUCAUCUCAGUAGCUGGCUGACAGACACAAGAAAUUUGACAAAUCCAAGCACUGUUAUAUUCUUAAUUGGUAACAAAAGUGAUCUUGAAGGACAACGUGACGUUACUUACGAAGAAGCAAAACAGUUUGCUGAUGAACAUGGUUUAAUGUUUGUCGAAGCUAGUGCAAAGACAGGGCAUAAUGUAGAGGAAGCUUUCCUGGAAACUGCAAAGAAAAUAUUCCAAAGUAUACAAGACGGACGAUUGGACCUAAAUGCAGCAGAGUCUGGUGUACAACAUAAUCCCAGUCAACCGGGUCGCACCAAUCUUCAAGGUGUAUCUAAUGAACAGCAGGGUGGGAAAGACUCCUGCUCCUGUUAGGUCUUAUUAUUUGUUUGUAUAUAGAUAUAUUAAUUGAUCGGUACUAUUAAUGCAUAUAUAAUUUGUACUAAGUGUAGCUGAUCAGAUUAUCUUGUAGCCUGUAUCCUCCCUUUGAUAAGCAAAGUCUACUUAAAAAUGGAACGAAAGACGGAAAAUAUUGAAAUUCCUUUUUUUUUCAGUUUUACAGUGAUAAAUAUCGAUACAAUAUAGAGACAUAAGUCAUAAAAGUGAUUCCAAUAAUGCUAUUAGUUUUUGACGCGACAACAGUCAGCCAUCUAUUGAUGAAACGAUGAUUUUUGUAUAAUUAUUGCAACUUCUAUACUAUUUUCAUAUAGAUAUUUUAUAUAUUUCAUGCAUUUUGUUUCGAAGCAGUCAAGAUAAUGAAAAAUAAUUCGUUUUGAAUAUCCAUGCGUAGAAGGUGAUCAAUAUAUUUCCCAUAUGUUUGACUGAAAAAUUCUGCUGAAUGACAUGGACACAAGUGAUGAAAUUUAUAUAUUUAACUAAUUUAUAUUUGCAUGGGAGGAUUACAUAUUUGUUGUAAUGCAAAGUUCUUGCUUUAAGAAAUUUAAUCAAUGAAAAUUAACAAAUUAUAAACAGUCAUAUAUUUCAAUCACUUUUUAAACCUUUAUUUGAUAAGAUAUGCACAUUUAUGUACGUGAGCUUUGUGAUUUCAGUUAUCUGUAAAACUAAUUAUAGAUAGAAAGAAAAACUAGAGGGAUCAAAAAACAAUUUUUUUUUGUUAACAUAUGAAAGAUAUAUAUUCUUAAUGAAAUAUAUAUAUAAAUUUACCAUUGUGCUUUAGUGACAAAUUAAAAUAGAAUUAUAUACAUUUCUUGUUUUUUUUUUAAAUAUCAAUCAUAAGUUUAAAAGUUAUUUGUUAUUUAUACAAGAGUCUGAAUUACAUAGCAAAUUAAGGUCAGCACAAUUAAAUGAAUAUUACAUGAAAUGAUGCAACUUUGAAUAUAUAUAUUAUUUGCAUGUUUUAGCAUUUUCUUUUUCUUACCCAUUUUUUUUAUUCGUUAAGCAUAAAUCUAUAAUUCAACAUAUAAUUCUUCUAUACUUUCAAUCAGAAAGUAAAUUUUUUUCUAAAUGCUAUAUAAUAUAUAGAGACCUCAUAUUGAAAUUUAAAUCAAAAUUGAUAUUAAUUGAAGAAUUCUUCAUACUAAAUUAUAUAAGCUUUAUCUUUUGUUAUGAUUCGACGAUACAAAGAUAAUAUUGAUAUGGCUGAGAGAGGCGAAAAAAAAGAAGGCAAAUUAAGCAGAGCAAACUCGCAACGAACAUAAAAUGAUUUACAUCUUUCUUAGUGUUGUGUGACUUGUAAACGAUUUGUAUUGAUAAUAUUGAAAAUGCGCGAAGAAUCACCUUAAAUAAAUUUGAUCAAAGUUUUAUCGAUCUAUUCGAAUAACAA